AUGGCUAAAGAAAGUAAAGAAUCUAAAGAAUCCAAGAGUGUCGAUAACUACGAUGCUAGAAUGCCUGCGGUUCUACCAUUUGCUAAACCAUUAGCAUCCAAGAAAUUGAAUAAGAAAGUCUUGAAGACAGUUAAGAAGGCAUCAAAGGCUAAAAAUGUAAAGAGAGGUGUUAAAGAGGUCGUUAAGGCUUUGAGAAAGGGUGAUAAAGGUUUGGUCGUCAUUGCUGGUGAUAUUUCUCCUGCAGAUGUCAUUUCUCAUUUACCUGUUCUCUGUGAAGAUAACUCUGUCCCAUACAUCUUUGUCCCAUCUAAGCAAGAUCUUGGGUCUGCUGGUGCCACUAAGAGACCAACUUCGGUGGUGUUCAUCGUUCCAGGUAGUAAUAAGAAGAAAGAAGCUAAGGCUAAAGAAGAAGAAUAUAAAGAUGCUUUCAAUGAAGUUGUAAAGGAAGUCACUGCUCUUUAA